UGAACACUUAACUGUACAGCCAGUUUGGACUUUUAUAGCCUGAAGAUCUACACUUCAGCAUGCAGAACUUAGGCUCCCCAGCGGCCCGCACGCUGUCGGAGGAGCAGUUUCAGUGCUCCAUCUGCUUGGAGGUGUUCGUGGAGCCCGUGACCACGCCCUGUGGCCAUAGCUUCUGCAAGGCAUGUCUGCAAGGCUACUGGAGCCACAGCAGAAAAUUCCAGUGUCCCAUGUGCAAGCGGAGCUUCACCAGGAGGCCUGAGCUCAGUGUCAACUGCGUGCUGGCUGACAUCACUGAGCAGUUCCAGGAUACGGUCACCACCAACGAAGCCCCCAGGACUCUGACGAGAGAGAGGGAUCUCGGGGGGUCAGAGGGUGGCUCUUUCGCACGGGAAGGCGAAGUGUCCUGCGAUGACUGUAUUGGGAGGAAGAUGAGGGCAAUAAGGUCCUGCCUGAACUGCCAGAGCUCCUUCUGCGAGACGCACCUGCGGCCCCACCAGCGGGACAGGUCUCUCUCCUCUCACCGCCUGGUCGCCCCCACUCUCAGACUAGAGCAGAAGGUGUGCAGGAAGCACAGGCGCCUCCUAGAGGCGUACUGCCGCAGUGACCACUCCUGCAUCUGCACGGCCUGCGCAGAUGCUGCUCACAAGUCUCAUGACGUCGUCUCCGUUGACCGGGAGUGGAAGAGGAAGAUGAGCCACCUGAACAAGAGGAGGUCAGAGUUCAAACAUCUGAUCAAAGAAAGAGCAAAGAAACUAGAGGAGAUAAAGCAGUCAAUUAAGGUUAUCAAAAGCUGUGCUCAGAAGGAACUGGAGGAGAGCUGGCAGGUGUACGCAGACCUGCUGCGCCUUGUGGAGCAGAGCCAGGCCGAGCUGGUGGAGCGCAUCGCCGCCUGGCAGCGGGAGGCAGAGAGGAAGGCCCAGGACUUGGCUGAAGGGCUGGAGAGGGAGCUGAGCCAGCUGAGGAUGAGGAGCACAGAGCUGGAUCAGCUGGCACAGACGCAGGACCAAGUGCUCUUCCUCCAGAGUGUCCCCACCAUGCCGCCUCUGCUGGAGCCCAUGGAUUGGUCGGGCGUGUCUGUGAACACUGACCUGUAUGUGGGGACAUUAAGGAAGUCUGUCAGCACCUUAAUGGACAAGGUCCAAGAGGAGCUCAACAAACUCCUCGAGAAAGAGCUCGGCAAACUCCAGAGCUACGCAAGUGAAGUGUUGUUUGACCCAAGCACAGCGCAGAGGAACCUGGUCGUGUCGGAGGAUGGGAAGCAGGUGAAAUACGAGGACCACAAGCAGGACGUGACAGAGGGUCACCAACGCUUUCACCCAGCGCUUUUCUUGCUGGGCCGCGAGGGUCUUGCCUCUGGCCAACAUUACUGGGAGGUAAAGGUAGGCGAGAAGACAGCCUGGAUGCUGGGCGUCGCCAGGCAGUCGAUCUGCAGGCAGGGUGACGUCAACCUGAGGCCCGAGUGCGGCUACUGGUGCAUGUGGCUGAAAAAUGGGGAGGUCAAAGCCCUAUCCUCAACGCGCUUGCCCCUUCACCUGCCCACCCUGCCUACCAAGGUUGGCAUCUAUGUAGACUAUGAGGCGGGGCAGGUGUCUUUUUAUGACGUCAAAGCUCGCCUGCACCUCUACACAUUUAUGGACACAUUCACUGAGAGCCUUUACCCCAUCUUCAGCCCCUUCCCAAACAGGGAUGGCAGGAAUUCCGCCCCUCUCAUCAUCUCCCCUAUCAAGCACAGCUGAUCUGUGGAGACCAUAUCCAAAUCAUACCC